ACAUUCUCUGUACUUCGACAGGGCCAACCACAGUCGCGAAAUUAAGCAAAAGAAAAAAAAUCCCUAGGCGAGGCUGCGGGCAGAGAUGGCAAUACGCAGAACAAUGCCGUCUGCCGACUUCACAGGCGCCGACGCAGCAUCGCGGCGCACUCUCUUGUGAUGGUUGGCUGCCGAUGAUCGAGGAGCCUAUGAACGCCUUCUUUACCAUGACAGCUGCAAUGUUGCUGUUGUUGCUCUUGUCAUUCUCGCUUGUACAGGCAAGCAAGACAGACACCCCACAGCCCAACUGCACCGCAACAUUUAAAAUACCCAUGCGCCGAUGCAAGGUGAUUUGCCUCACAAGAUUCGCCGCUCGCUUCGUUCCCAUCUUCAAAAUUGUAAACAAGCCUGACGGCACGAGAUGCGAUAGACUACUGUCCGGAAUGAAAGGCCGUUGUGAAAAAGGAAGAUGCGUGCUUGCCGGCGUGCUGGGUUUCUUUAUUAAUAAAACUCCUCUAAAGCACAUCGGAUAAUUAGGUGAUUUCGCACGCAAUCAAGGUAUGCCGCGGACCAAGAAAACCCGAUGUUUGCAUCUGAACUUGAAAAAGUAUACUGUAAUAAAGCCUUUUUGUUUUGUUAGCUCA